CAAGCCCAUUUGUGCUCCGGGGGGCCAGCUUGGGGUCUCGCCUGGCCCGCCGGAGCGGCCGGCCAUGGUGGAGAUCCCGUGGCAGGGCCACGGAGUGGACCUCGCGAGGGGGCGCGGCGGCGUCGCCCACGUGCCGAAGAAGCCGCGGCCGCUGGCACAGCCGACCGCGGAGCGCCUGGCGGGCCGAGCGCAGGAGUCGCCGGCCGCGGAGGCCGGCGCGGCCGCGCGGGCGCGGCAGUGCCGGCCGCGCGAGGCGGCGGGGAGCCCGCGGCUCCUCGGUUCGCGCGAGAGGCUCGCCGGCAGCGAGCCGAAGGCGUCCAAGUCGAUCCUGAGGGCUCCGCGCCUCGAGCCUCGGGGCCCGGGCGCCCCCCGCGCCAGGUCCCCACGGAUCAGGAGGAACGUCAGCUUCAGCGACGUAGUGGAGGAGCGGCCCGUGGACGCCGCCGACCCGCAGCCGGACGGGCGCCACGGCCCGGGGAGCUCGGCCGACCGCAGGUGCGUCGUGGCAGUGCUGGCGGUGCUCGCGGCCAUGGUUUGCACGGACGCGGAGCUGCAGGCGGCGUGCAGCGGAGGCCUCGCGGCGGCCGUGGAGCGUCUGCCAGCCAUCGGACAGACGAUCCUAGACUCCAGCAUCUUGAUGAGGGGCGUCGUCCCUCUGAUCGCGAUGCCAGUCGUGCUGGCGCUGCAGGUCCUAUUCUUCGCGGCGUUGGCGCGCUGAGGGGCGGCGGCGGCCAGCCAACGCGGCUGCACCAGGGAAACUUUGGGAGGGACUCCCCUCCAUUCGGUGGCGCCCAAGAGUGGGGUGAGGACUACUGGGGUACCUCGGACACCCCAUCGUCGGCGCACCUGCUCCACUCGACCCCCCCCCCUCCCUGACAGGGCAUUUUCGAGCCCGCGGGGGCGGUGCUGUUGGCUCGAGGGACGCCAAGCGUCAGCAUGAAGUGAAGGAGGCGGGCCAGGAAUGAUCAGGACAGGUUGGGAAUCCGCGGAGUGCGUGCACGUGUACAGUGUAAUCUUGGACCGAGACUUCAGCCUCCGCCCGGCUGUCGUUUCCGCACAGACUUGCAAUUCGACCAGCUUUGUCUGAGGCGCACACGCCUAAAUUUUGCUGAGCUCGGCAUGGCUACAAUAUAACAUUCAGCAUUGCGCGAGGUGUUGGUCAGCCAAUUCGCGUUCGCAAGGUUUUUGAACCAGUCAGGCUCGAGCGAGUCUGCCAGUCCUCGGCGAAAGCCCAGUGGUUAUACUUUUCGACGCUGGGGGUAUUUUUGAAUAUUCUAUCCUUGCGAGCCGACCCACGUACCUCUCUCAUCUCUAGUUCUCCUUUGGUUCAACUUCUACCCGACUCCGCGUGGUCAGGGCAGCUCUGCACCGGGCAUGCGAAGUGCGCAUGCGUGACCCCCUGGCCGUCCAGGCGAUGAGGCUGUCAGAGACGCCCGUCUUCCAUGCAAUUCGCAAUGCGGUGUUUGACCGAUGAACACGCGCCUUGAGGACCAUCGUCCGGACCUUUCGAGGCACCUUUCGCUACAGCUAGGUACAUAUCACAGAAUAGUGUGCGCGCCACUCUGCAGGCCCUGUGACUGUCUGUGGUGGAAGGGGGCUUUUCCGCAGGCGAUCGGAGGCGAGCCAAGCGGUUCGUUUGCCAGCAGUCUUCGCACAAGGCUGAAUCUCAACAUGUCACUUCCAUGAGAAACAAGCUUAGAGAGAGC